CCAGAUCCCCCUUUGUUCACAUAGCCAUCAGUCCAGGCAAAAGGAAGCGAGUUGAGCAAUUGCGUAAGUAAGCAAACGAGAAUCGGUAUGGUCGUGGUCUUUUCAUCUUCUUGUUUGUUUUGCUUUGGAUUUUGGUCCAAUUUAUGCACAUUGAUGAAAUCACAAAACAAGAUGAUUUGUAUUGUAUUAACUAGAAGACGUUUAUUACUUUUAUUUUUGGUGUCUUCAUUUAAAACGAUACACGUGUUAUACGAAAAUCGAACUCAAUACCUUAAAUUUAGGGUAAAUACAAUUUAAUAUCCAAACUUUUCAUUUUAAACAAUAUAAUAGUCAAAUCUUUUCGAAAACAAUCUAAUAUCAAAAUCGUCAACUUUACGUUCGUUUGACCGUUAGUUGACACUUUAAAAAAGUUCGAAGUACGACGCUUCAUCAAUAUCCAUCAAUAUCUUCUCUGAAAAACCACCAACAUAUCGUGGUUCCAAACCCGAGAAGUCCAUGACUCCACCAUGAUGGUAUAGAAUAUCUAAAUAUUAAGACAUGUGCAAUGCCAAAACAAGAAAACAAAGUUGUAUUGUGACAAUUUCCCCGAGUCAAUUUCUUUAUUUAGCCUCUCUUCUACUCGUGUCUUUAGUUCCUUGGGCCCCGAUAGGUAGGGCCCAAAAGUAAACCCCACCGCAGUUCGGCCUGAAACGAAUUUCGAAAGAAGGAAGGUUAAGUCAGGCCCAGAACAAGACAAAAUGGGCCAGCGAACUGACCGGCCCAAUUUCGGGGAGUGGAAAGGAAGGCAAAUACCAGAAGGAACAAAUUUCCUUCCCCCAUCUCCCCGUUUCUGGUUUCUUACUCCCCAAGAUGAACGAAUUUCAGAAACAAUCAAAUUACCCAAAAACCCAACACCUUCCCUAUCCUCAUCCUUCCAAACCAAUUCCUGCAACCAAGUUCAUUAUAGUUUCAGAACCCUAGAAAUUUUCCCUCUUUCGUACGGCUAAGAGGGGGAAAGGGGUGGAUUUUGACCCGGUGGUUGUUCUUUUUUUGGGUUCCCCGUCAAUGGGUAGUUCAUCGGAGACCAAGGUCUUGCAGGAGCUGCUGCUAUACGCAGCGAGCGCGGCCUUAAGCUGUCUUGUCCUGUUCGUUGGGCUCCGCCAUCUCGACCCAAAUAGGGAGGCUACGAAGAAAGCCGUUGAACAGAAGAAGGAAAUCGCCAAGCGCUUGGGUCGUCCUCUUAUACAGACCAAUCCUUACGAGGAUGUGAUAGCUUGUGAUGUUAUAAAUCCUGAUCGCAUUGAUGUGGAAUUCAAUUCUAUUGGCGGAUUACACAACAUCAAAGAAGCAUUAUAUGAACUUGUCAUUCUUCCACUCCGGAGACCUGAACUUUUUUCACAUGGGAAGCUUCUGGGUCCUCAGAAGGGGGUCUUGUUGUAUGGACCUCCAGGUACAGGAAAGACGAUGCUUGCUAAAGCUAUUGCAAAAGAAUCUGGUGCUGUUUUCAUCAAUGUUAGGGUUUCAAAUCUGAUGAGCAAGUGGUUUGGUGAUGCUCAAAAGCUUGUUGCUGCUGUGUUUAGCCUUGCUUAUAAACUCCAGCCAGCGAUCAUAUUCAUUGAUGAGGUCGACAGCUUUCUGGGACAGCGGCGUUCUACAGAUCAAGAAGCAAUGGCAAAUAUGAAGACUGAGUUCAUGGCUUUGUGGGAUGGUUUCACAACAGACCAGAAUGCAAGAGUGAUGGUGCUAGCUGCUACUAAUCGUCCAUCUGAACUCGAUGAGGCAAUACUUCGACGCCUUCCACAGGCCUUUGAGAUUGGAAUGCCAGACCGCAGGGAGAGGGCUGAUAUAUUGAAGGUGAUUUUGAAGGGCGAGUGCGUUGAACGUAACAUCGACUUCAACUAUAUAGCAAGUCUUUGUGAUGGUUACACAGGUUCUGAUCUUUUUGAACUCUGCAAGAAGGCUGCUUAUCUUCCUAUUAAGGACCUACUGGAUCAGGAGAAGAAGGGCAAGAAACAUCAAGAACCACGUCCAAUGACCCAGACAGACCUGGAGAAAGUUCUGGCUACAUCGAAAAGGACUGGAGUAGCUGCAACUGAGUACAACAGGUCAAGCUCUCAAUCUCCCGGGUGGCCCCGGCAGUCUUCGGACGACGAUGACCAUGUUCACGCCACAAUAAAUCAGCUGUCUAAGCUUGUAGUUUCCCAAAUCUUGAAUCUUCAACCAGAUUCUCGGGACGAGGUGAAUGAGGAACAUUAGUAACAUUAUUGUCCACCGUUACGCCUAAGCUUUCGAGACCAUGUUGGGAAAUUUUGUCCUGUCAACUGGUAACAAUGAUGCAACUGACCGGUCAGGUUAUAUGAGGCGGGUGAUCGUAGCCUCUGUAGAAGUUAGAAUCUUUCUUUCUUAUGGUUGUAUUACAUGUUCACGUGUAAGAAUAGAAGCUAUAUUAUAUAUGCCAGGAUUCCAGCCAUUGUUAUCCCAUUUUGCAGUGUAGCGUAUCCUUCGCUGAUUCGGUUCAAUCUAAUGGUUGGUAUGAUUCGGAAAAUGGAUUUUACAGUUCAUUGUGGAGUCGGCCUGCAUUGAGUUCGUGCUGGUGAGUGAUGCAGUUCAUUGUUAUACCAUUAAUGGAGUUGGAAGGAAACUAACGAGGACCUGUUCCAAUAAUUCAAGUGACCAAAAUUGAUAUUAAAUUUUUUUAGUGACUAAAUAUAACUCGAUUUAGUAAUCUCAAUGAACAAAUGUGGCAUAAACCUUUCAUAUAUAAAAGCUUGUAUUAGAUACUAUUAAGCAUAAUGCACAAUAUCUAAUGGCAAUUAUGUUCAAAUGGCCAAAUAAAUUAGUGGUUUUGUU